AUGUCUUCCACAUUCAUAUUACACUCUCUCUCUCUCUCACUCACUCACUCACUCACUCACUCACUCGCUAAAUGUCUUUCACGCUCAUAUCACCUUCUUUCUCACUCAGUAAAUGUCUUCCACACUCAUAUAACUCCCACUCACUUUCUCUGUCUCACUCACGAAAUGUCUUCCACUCUCAUAUUCGUUUUUCCACUCAUUUCUUUUUCUGCUCUCGUCUCUCUCUCCCUCUCUCAUUAUAUGUCUUUUCCUCUCGCUCUCUUUACUCUCGUCUCUCUCCCUCUCUCAUUAUAUGUCUUUCCCUCUCGCUCUCUUUACUUUCGUGUCUCUCUCUUUCAUUAUAUGUCUUUCCCUCUCGCUCUCUUUACUCUCGUCUCUCUCUUUUUCUCUCAUUAUAUGUCUUUCCCUCUCGCCCUCUUUACUCUGGUCUCGCUCUCUCAUUAUAUGUAUUUCCCUCUCGCUCUAUUUACUCUCAUCUCUCUCUCUCUCUCUCUCUCUCUCUCUCAUUAUAUGUCUUUCCCUCUGGCCCUCUUUACUCUUGUGUCUCUCUCUCUCAUUAUAUGUCUUUCCCUCUCGCUCUCUUUACUCUUGUGUCUCUCUCUCUCAUUAUAUGUCGUUUCUUCUCGCUCUCUUUACUCUCGUCUCUCUCCCUCUCUCAUUAUAUGUCUUUCCCUCUCGCUCUCUUUACUUUCGUGUCUCUCUCUUUCAUUAUAUGUCUUUCCCUCUGGCUCUCUUUACUCUCGUCUCUCUCUCUCUCUCUCAUUAUACGUCUUUCCCUCUCGCUCUCUUUACUCUCGUCUCUCUCUCUCAUUAUACGUCUUUCCCUCUCGCUCUCUUUACUCUCGUGUCUCUCCCUCUCUCAUUAUAUGUCUUUCCCUCUCGUUCUCUUUACUCUCGUCUCUCUCUCUCAUUAUAUGUUUUUCCCUCUCGCUCUCGUUACUCUCGUCUCUCUCCCUCUCUCAUUAUAUGUCUUUCCCUCUCGCUCUCUUUACUUUCGUGUCUCUCUCUUUCAUUAUACGUCUUUCCCUCUCGCUCUCGUUACUCUCGUCUCUCUCCCUCUCUCAUUAUAUGUCUUUCCCUCUCGCUCUCUUUACUCUCGUCUCUCUCUCUCUCAUUAUAUGUCUUUCCCUCUGGCUCUCUUUACUCUCGUCUCUCUCUCUCUCAUUAUAUGUCUUUCCCUCUCGCUCUCUUUACUCUCGUCUCUCUCAUUAUAUGUCUUUCCCUCUUGCUCUCUUUACUCUCGUGUCUCCCCCCUUUCAUUAUAUGUCUUUCCCUCUCGCUCUCUUUACUCUCGUCUCUCUCUCUCUCAUUAUAUGUCUUUCCCUCUCGCUCUCUUUCUCGUGUCCCUCUCUCUCUUCUUUCCUCUCCGUCUCUCAUUAUAUGUCUUUCCCUCUUGCUCUCUUUACUCUCGUGUCUCCCCCCCUUUCAUUAUAUGUCUUUCCCCCUCUCUCUCCCUCUUUACUCUCUUCUGUCUCUUAA